AUGCCCCGCAGUCUAUUCGUCGAACCUCCACCUGAACUUCCUCUUUCGCUGGCCCAUUUUUUGAACCUGGCUUUCACGUGCAUCUACGUGCUUCCUUUGAUCAUCACGAAGUGGACGAAUCCUGCGCUCUUUCGGCCUGACGUUCUCGCCACGGGUUGGCGGAACGAUCCUCUCGUCAUCAAAGCCAGAUUGCUCUCCGUUUCUGUCGCUACUCUCUUGUCUUGCUGCAUCAUGCAUGUGAUCAUCAACGCUGGGCACUAUGAUGAUCUGAAGACAGGGCUCCAAUCGACUGUGCUUCAUCUUGGCCUGUUCAUGCGCAAUCGGGAUAUACUCGCUUCACUCGUGACGCCAGUGUUGUAUACAGGCCCAUUUUACGCUGCAUAUCUCUCUGGAGAUCUUCCUUUUAGGUCUGGGCGCUCUCUGAGCGAACAUAUACACGCUCAUGUCCAAGAUUGGCCUGGAAUCCGGAACUACGUGGCGGGUCCCAUAACUGAGGAACUUGUUUGGCGCUCGUGUAUUAUAGCUGCUUAUCGCUUGGCCGGGGUCUCACGGGGAUAUAUCAUAUUCAUGACCCCAUUGUCUUUCGGCGCAGCCCAUCUGCAUCAUGGAUAUGAAUCUUAUGUUAAGCUUGGUCGCACUCGAAAAGCGCUCGCAGCUGCCGGUUUGAAUACUCUAUUUCAAUUCACUUAUACUACGUUAUUCGGGUUUCAUUGCGCCUUUCUCUUCUGCCGAAGAGGCUACCGUACGAGCUUCGGCAAUUCCCUCGCAAGGCUCAACAGAUAA